AUGGAAGUCGAAUCCUCAAGCUCCGAAGAAGAACUUUCUGAUAAUGAAUUAGAUUCACAGAUAUGGAAUAAAAUAGAUUCAGAAUCGGAUGAUAAUACAAUCUAUCCUAUCGAUUGUUAUCGCCAUUUCAUCACUGAUGAAAUCAUUAACCUUAUGGUUCAUGAAACUAAUCGAUAUGCACAGCAACACUUACAAGCUCAAGAACUUGCCCAACGAUCAAAAGCUCUUCAAUGGAAACCAACUACUCAUGAAGAAAUGUUAAAAUUCUUGGGAAUUAUCAUCGAAAUGGGUCUGGUACGAAUGUCAAGAGUGAACUAUUAUUGGAGCAAAAGCAAGUUAUAUGGCUCUGAAGUUAUUCAAAAUACCAUGUCAAGAGACAAAUUUGAAUUACUUCUCAAAUUUUAUCAUUUUUCGAAAAAUGAGGAGCAACGUGAAGAUGACGACAUAUUGUUCAAGCUGAAACCACUUCUCAGCCUGCUGCAACUGAGAUUUAUGUCAGUUUACGUUCCAGGUCAAUUGUUACUAUUGAUGAAACAAUGGUCCCAUGGAAAGGUAGCUAGUACGACAGGAUAUACUUGCAAUUUUAUGGUUUAUACUGGUAAGCAGAGUUCAAUCGCAGGUCAUGGUCAUGCUGAAACAGUUGUAAUGCAACUGAACAAAUAUGGUAUUAAAUUGAUCAAAUGGAAAGAUAAAAGAGAUGUCUUGAUGAUAUCUACAAAGCCAUCGCAUUCAACAGCUGUGACAGAUACAAAGACAAUAAAUAAGUUAAAUGAACGUAGCAUGAAGACACAGGUGAUACUGGAUUACAACGAAGGAAAGCAAGGUAUAGAUUUAUCUGAUCAGUUGUCAUCAUAUUAUACAUGCCUUAGUCGAUCUAUAAAAUGGUAUCAAAAGGUGGCAUUUGAAUUGAUAUUUGGAACUUCCAUCGUUAAUGCUUAUUUAAUUUACAAAGAAAAGUAUAGCACAAGCAAUAUGACUAUGCUCCAAUUUCGUGAAAGCCUUAUGCGAUCUUUACUUCUUGGUGUACCAUUUGAGAACUUGAAACCUGGCCCAAAACAACAGCCAACAAACGAGAGAAAACGAAAACACACUGAUCACUUGCUCGAAGAAAUGAAAGGAACUGCACGCAAUGGCCGAAGAAGAUGUGUCGGUUGCUAUGAAAAGAUUAGACAACAACAAUCAAGAGAAGCAAGUGCAAUAACAGCAAAAAGAAUGACAAGAAAAUUAAAUCGCAUAAGUUUAAUUAAAUUAUUCUUCUCUGCUUUGAUUCCAUUCACUAUUGGUCUUUUCACUGUGAUUACAACAAUUCAACAGCAAAAAUUUUCUUCUGCACAACGUGAACAAGACAAACAGGAUGCCCUUCUCUCGAGACAACAAUCUGAUCUCCAUGCCGAAAAUUUACACAAAGAAAAAGUAUACGAAACCUAUCUUGAUGAUGUCUCAGAACUAUUCACAAUGAAUAAUAGCAAAGAUACGUUGAUGAAAAUCCGCGCUAAAACAUUAGCUAGUCUUCGACAACUCGACAGAGAACGGAAAAAACAUUUACUCUUGUUUCUUUAUGAUAGUGAACUGAUUUAUCAUUCACCAGAAAAGGCAAUUUCAUCCUUAUUGAAAGUCAAUGAAGCUGACUUCAAUGGAGUCAAUUUUCGAGGAACAGUGGAUGCUACUUGUUCGUUUAAUUACCUCUACUUACAUCAUGUUUAUUUAUCGAAGGCAUCAUUUAUCAACUGUUUCAUUGACCGUUCAAACUUUUCUUAUUCCAUCAUGUACAAGAUAAAUUUCACUAGAACACGAUUCUUUCGAACAUCUUUCAGAUUUGCAGUAUUGAACCAAGCAGAUUUUAGUCAAGGGACAUUUUUCGAGAUGGAUUUUGUUGGAGCAUCACUAGUCGAGUGUAAUUUUACUGGUGUCAGAUGGAUUACGCAAUAUAUGGAUUUUAUAGGUACGAACUUGACAGGAGCAAUCAUAUCAGAUCAACUAUUGAAAAGAAUGAAACUGCAUAAUUCUAUUCUGCCUAAUGGAACAUGGGGACCGAUUGUAAGGAAAAAUUUAGUGGUUAAUGGUGAUGCCGAGCAGAACGAUCUGCUAACUAACAAUACAUAUCCGACUGGUUGGACUGUCUCAGUUCCUGGAAGGCUAAGUUCCAUUGCGUACAAUAACCAGAAUUCUACAACAGGCUAUGGAAAAUACCAUUUUCGAGUGACGCCAUCAUAUAGUUUAAAAUUGGCGGUAUCGAUGGCUCAGAAUAUAUCUUUUGAUGAGUUCAUUCUAUUGAUCUCAGCUGGUAUCGCUCGCUACAAUGUAUCCAUCGAUUACCAAUGUUCAGGCAACCAAUACGGCUAUAUGCAGCUCACUUUCUUCGAUAUGAAUGGUUUAACAUAUGAACCUGUAUAUCGAGAAACCAAGAGUAAAAUGCAAAUCGAACGUUUGAAAGUAUCAAAUCAAUUUAAUCGUGAGAUGCAUAAAGUUCAGUUAAAAGUUGGAUUCAUCAGAAAUUUGACCUAUGACGAUACUAAUACAAAUAACGAAGAAAACUAUUGUAUCGCUGACAAUAUCCGAUUUUUUAUUACAAAAAUUAACUAG